CCCCCCAGUGGCGCGAGGUGCGGGGCGAGCGGCGAGGCUCCUUCCUCCCUCCGCCUCGCUCCCUCGGGGGCUCUGUCCUCCCCCUCAAGCGUGCUGCUUCCCCUCUUCUUCCUGGGGAGGGUGCUGCUGGGCCUGCUGUUAUCCCCCUUCGCUCACGCCAUCCCCUCCCUCAUCUCGCCCGGGUAGGGGUGUGAGUGGCCGGGCCUCCGCUCAAAGUCGGGAUCCUGGCCCCCUUCGGCGUCCGGGGACAGACGCUCCCCCACCCCGGACCUGGACCUCUGCCCCUACAGAGAGAAUAAAAGGAUUCUAAUGGGAGAACCGUUCUUCUGAAUUUCGGUUUUGGCUGGCUGGCUGCCGCUAUGGAUGAACAGCAGGCUUUGAAUUCAAUCAUGCAAGAUUUGGCAGUCCUUCAUAAGGCAAGUCGUCCUGCCUUGCCUCUGCAAGAAACGGGAAAAACAAAGUCGUCUUCACCGAAAAAGCAGAAUGACAUCCGAGUCAAAUUUGAACAUCGAGGAGAGAAAAGAAUUCUACAGUUUUCUAGACCUAUCAAGCUAGAAAAUCUUGCAUCAAAAGCUAAAGUUGCCUUUGGACAGCCUAUGAAUUUGCUUUAUAGCAAUAACGAGUUAGUGAUCCCGUUAGCUACCCAGGAUGACUUGGAUAAAGCUGUAGAGCUCCUUGAUCGAAGUGUUCAUAUGAAGAGCCUCAAGAUACUGCUUGUUGCUCAUGGAAACACACAGGGUAACAUGGAGCCCCGACCAUCACUGGAAGAUUUAGAUAAUACUGUUUUCAGAGUGACAGAAAGGAAAAGCCGAGUUUCUGUAAUAGGUUAUUAUACUCAUGACAGAAGCUCUCCUCCUCCAGGAUACAUUCCAGAUGACCUGCAUGAUGUUGCACAGAAUGGGUCAUUUACCAGUAUCAACAGUGAGGGCGAGUUCAUUCCAGAAGAUCAAAUUCUAGAUCCAUUGUCACUGAGUAGUCCUGAAAACUCUGGAUCCGGAAGCUGCCCAUCACUUGACAGCCCUUUAGACGGAGACAGCUAUCCCAAGUCCCGGAUGCCAAGAGCACAGAGCUAUCCAGAUAACCACCAAGAAUUCUCUGAUUAUGACCUUCCAAUAAUUGAGAAGUUUGGCAAAGGUGGAACUUACCCUCGAAGGUAUCAUAUUUCAUACCAUCAUCAAGACUACAACGAUGGUCGUAAAACUUUUCCAAGGGCUAGAAGGACCCAGGGAAACAGCUUACGGUCUCCAGUUAGCUUCAGUCCAACUGAUCAUUCAUUGAGUACAAGCAGUGGGAGCAGUAUUUUUGCUCCAGAAUAUGACGAUGGACGGAUGCGGAGGAGAGGAAGUGACAUAGACAAUCCCACUUUGACAGUAAUGGAUAUCAGCCCACCUAGCCGCUCUCCACGAGCUCCGACUAAUUGGGUACUUGGUAAACCAUUGGGCCAGGGUGCAUUUGGUAGAGUAUAUUUGUGCUAUGAUGCAGACACUGGACGAGAACUAGCUGUUAAACAAGUCCAGUUUGAUCCUGACAGCCCGGAGACUAGUAAGGAAGUAAAUGCACUUGAAUGUGAGAUUCAGUUGCUGAAAAACCUGCUACAUGAAAGAAUUGUUCAGUAUUAUGGCUGCUUGAGGGACCCUCCUGAAAGAACGCUUUCUAUAUUUAUGGAAUAUAUGCCAGGGGGUUCAAUUAAAGAUCAAUUGAAGGCAUAUGGUGCACUUACAGAAAAUGUGACGCGGAAGUAUACCCGGCAGAUUUUGGAAGGAGUUCACUAUUUGCACAGCAACAUGAUUGUACAUAGAGAUAUUAAAGGAGCAAAUAUUCUCCGGGACUCCGCAGGCAAUGUUAAGUUGGGAGAUUUUGGUGCCAGCAAGCGGCUUCAAACAAUUUGUCUGUCUGGUACAGGAAUUAAGUCUGCUACAGGAACUCCCUAUUGGAUGAGUCCAGAAGUUAUUAGUGGAGAAGGUUAUGGGAGAAAAGCAGAUAUUUGGAGUGUUGGCUGUACAGUAGUUGAAAUGCUCACUGAGAAACCACCCUGGGCAGAAUUUGAAGCAAUGGCUGCCAUCUUCAAAAUUGCCACACAGCCAACCAAUCCCCAGCUCCCACCUCAUGUCUCAGACCACGGUCGGGAUUUUCUAAAGCGGAUAUUUAUUGAGGCUAAGUUGCGACCAUCUGCAGACGAACUGCUAAGACACACAUUUGCACAUUAUCACUGAUGGCCUGCCUCAAUCCAGCUCUCACCUACUGCAUUUAUUUUAUGACUGCACUUUUUUUUACCACGAAAUUGAGAAAAGACAAGGGAGAAAUUAUUUCUCUUGAUUCUUUAUUUCAUGUAGAUUGUUAAUGAUUUCUCUGCAUAUUUAGAAUGCGGAUUUUGUUCCCGAUUUAGGACUAGGAUCUUUUUGUUUCAGUAAUGUACUGAUGUGGUUCUCUUAAAGCACUUUAGUACAUGUUCAUUCCUUAUUUAAGGGGGUAAAGGCAACGUAUUUGGUCCGUCAGGAGUUGUGUGUACAUUUUUUUUCCCAAGCAGAGCUGACUAACUCAGGAUGCAGGGGAAAUAUACAUGUUGCUAGCAAAUGUAGAAAAUGUGUCCAAUUGUUCCUUGUAGUAUAUAGAUAGAUACACUGAAAGGUCUUGGUUGUGUUUCAGGUUUGAAAUGAGUCUCCUCUACAGUAUUUUGGAAACUGAUUCAGAAGCUGAAAACCUAGACUGCUGAGCAGGUGCAAAGGAAACCAUCCAACUACCAGAUCAAUUGCAACCAAAUAAGUGUAUUUCUAAUUUUAAGAAAAUAGACGGGAGGGCCCCCUAGUUAGGUACUUCAUGGAGAAGUCAAGUAGUUCUGUUGCAUGAAUGUUUUAGAUCGGGAAUUGUAAAUAAGUAGAUUACUGUAGAUCUGUUCUCCUCUAGAGUUGAAGAAUGGUCUCCCCAUACCAUGCAACAAGUUCAUUUGCUGGAUAGACCAAGAUAUCUGAGACUGGAGCUGGUCUAAGGUGGUGGGGGGGACUUAUGGCUGGAGUGAAUGGUAGUUUCACUCUUCAUAAUUUCCUGCUCCAUAUUCUUUGUCCUGUCCCAAGUAUCUUGCCCAUUGCCUAGAAUAUUUUAUGAGACCCAGUCUUCCUUCCUUCUGUACUAUCACAUAUGUUGAAAUUUUAGAAUAUCACUUCUAUUGAGGCUGAACAGACUUGUGUAUCCUAAGCUGCACAUUUAUUACUCAAAUGGCAUUUGGAUAAUUUGUGUAAUUUGCAUCAUGGAGAGCAUGCAAAAUUUGGCAUUUCAGAUGUAGCCUAACUUCUUGAUAGGGGAUAUAAAAGAUCACUACUCAUUCCAACCAAGAGGGGAAAAGUAAGCUCAGUAGACACAUCUGGAGACCUCAGUCCCCUUAUGUGUGAUUCACUUCCAGCACGAUGAUGAUGAUGAUGGCAUGAAGAAUAAGGAACUUUUUAUUGCCACCUGGUAGUCUGCUCUUUUAAAAUUAAAUUUAAAUCUAUGUAUUAGUAGUUAAGAUUUGAGAUGGUUAUCUCUAACUGCGUAUAUUGACAUUUGGCUAUCUGCAUCUAAUAUACAAAACUAAUGGUAGAAUACUUAGACUGUCUGGAACCUAGGAAGAGCUGCUGAAGGGAACUAAUGUUAGGUUCUGCUGUCAUAAAGCAAUAGUCUCUUACCCUGUACUGAUGUUGCUAAACACUGCUAUUAAAUGUUUCCUGGGGAAGUCCUUGAGGAUGUCCUGAAUAAAAGAAAGGCAAGCAGAAAUCACAUUGGAGAUUAAUAGAUACUACGCAAACAGGCACAAACUAUGUCUGUAUGUUCCAUUAAAAUAAAACAGUCCUUAGACACUUGGAUUGCAGUGAGAGAUGGAACAAUCUGCAUAUGUAGUACCUGGUUUGUACGUAUAUAAUGCUCCCAAUAUGUUAGCUAUCAAUUAGUGACCAGGGUUUGCAGUUCUUUACACACAAAGUGCUGCUGGUUCAAACUAGAGGAGUCUGUUUAUUUAAUGAGGAGGCUUGGGGAAAAUAAUCAAUCCAUUAGAAAUGGUUAAGGAAUAGACAGCACUGUAUAUGCACCAGCCUACAGUAGUAAGUGCACUAAAGUUUGAGAAUCCUCUCUUGAACAAAAUUUGUAAUAGAUCAUGGUAAGGGACUUUCGCAAUUUUCUUUGGAACCUACCAAGUUAAGUGGGCUUUUAAGGGUUGUAAUGUUCAAGUUUUUAAAUUAACAAAUCAUCAUGAUUUCAGAGCAAAAAAAAUAGUUUUUGUCAAAAGUGUUGCAAAAUAGUUUCUGCAGAAUGAAUCUUGGCUAUUAUCACUUCCAUGUAGCUGACCCAGUGUCUUUCAUGGUCCAGCAAAGGUCUGUGCUCUCCUCCUCUCUUGUUCACUUUUUUUUCUCAUGGACGGAAGCCUUCUUUUCUCUCAUUAAAACAUCCAUAAGAUUCCAGACUAUGCUAAACUUCCAUCAAGCUGUAACUAUGCAAAUUGUGUAAGGCAUGUAAAUGUGUGUCACUUGGUCCAGUAGACGAAUAUGGGGAUAGAUGAAAAUUGAAGUCCCUUUCCCAACUAUAUACCAGGCUUUUUAUGUGCAUCUUACAUCUUUUUGUCAAAGCUCCUUUCUCUGUUCUAUUUCCAGCGUUUUGAAGUAUUUAAAAUAUAGCAGACAGACAAUCAUUGCAGCCUAUAAGUGACCUCUAUAGCAUACCAACUCAAGACUCAUUGUACUGAAAGUCUUGUUCUAGUUUAGAAAUUCAAGGUGCAAAGCUAAAAAAAAAAAUCUUGCCCUCUCUCUGGCAAACUAAGAAAGGCAGCAAAGACAUACUAAGGUCUAGAUACCCCAUUGAACAUAGACUUUCUUUUGAGUAAAUAUAGUGUUGGAAUUUUUUUCCAGCUUGGUUGCAAAGCCUUAAAUGAUUUUUGCUUAAGGAUGGUCAGGUAUCUUUGAAUAGUCACUAGGCAGAUGUCUCUGGCUUAGAUGGGAUUCAGUAGUAUGCACAUUUUAACAUUAAUUUGAUAAGAUCCCGCUUGGGAGCUGUAGAGCAUAAAAUAAUUGGUGCUGCAGUAGAAUCACUGGCUGCCUCUCCUUGCUCUUUAUCUGUAUAAAGAACAGCAUACGUUGGUGCUUUUCCUUUAUAAUAGGAUCUCAGAUAAUUUGGAUGGGGUCAUAUUCCCUCACUUCUUGCCUUUAGAAGUCUGAGAUACAUGAAAGCCAAGUUUGAGAUGGGAUGAGAGCGUGAACAUCAAAAACAAAAACCUUGAGAUAGGUUUGCAAGACUUAAUCCUAAGUUUUCUUUUGGUUUUUGGCUAUGAGCAGGAACAAAUGAAUUAAAGGGAAUUGAAAAACUCUUAUACUGGAGGCUUACGUUUAGAAAUUGGGAUCUGUCUUAACCUGUUUAUCAUUCAUGAGUAUCCAUCUGCCAAUAUGGAUGUUGAUACAUUAAUAUCCAGGGCACAGAAAAGAUGUGAUUGUACUAGAGUUAACUCUCCACCACCACCCCUUUUGAGGGGGUGUUAGUAUGAUCUUUAUUCAAAAGUCUUGAGAGCGAAAGGGAGCAAAGUUGAUGUCUUCUCUGGCUUCUAGUUGAAUGAAGGACACUUAUUUGUGAAACCUGGAAUGGAAGGAAAUGUUUAAUGGGUAGUAUGUGAAGUGCAGACCUCCAAAACUCUAAAUUUUAAUCAGAAGCAUACUUAAGAUGUUACUGAUACAGGAAGGAAUAACAAGUUUAUGUAGCAGAAUAUUAGGAGUUGUGUAGAAUGAUUUAGUGAGGCAAUACCUCUUUGCAUUUAAAAGAAUGCAAACUUUCAGAGUACUUUCAGGCACUUAGUGUUCACAUAAACAUAAAUGGAGUUUAUUUUGUGGCCAGGCUGCUUGGAUGACUGGAUGAGUAGUUCUUUAGGACAAAGCAAUCAGCCUCAUAGCAGGCCACACAGAAGUCUGCCUUUCUAGAGUCCUGUGCAACCUUAGUAAUACCAACUGCAAGAAAUGGUUUCUGGGUAUUUUGUAUACUUUACUGCAUAUUAUUCCACAAUGUUUGUUUCUAUACAUAACAGUUUACAUUAACAUGAAAUCUCUAUUUUAAGUCUGUUAAUUGAAGCAAGCCACCUUGCUUCAGACUACCAUUUGUUUUGUUCUAAAGAGCAAAAGACUCAAAGGAGGGCCAGAGAAUACAAAUCAUAUCUCUCAUUUAUUUUGUGCUGAUUACUUAAUUUAAACAAAAUGUAAUUCAAAAGUCUGCUUAAUUUUAACAAGGGCACUUCUGUUGCCAAAAUGUACAAAAAGAAAGGAAGUUUAAGUGUAGCAUAUGAAUUUUAAGCUCUUCUUGAAUUGUUAAAUGGCACUUUAUGAAACUUGGCAACAUUCAAUUCAUAUAAUAAUUUACUCAGAUUUCAUGCACAGCUCGUUCAUAUAAACUGCAUUGGCAUUUUUGCAUUGUGGCUGAUAAGGAAAAAAUAGCAAAAUAAGGUGACUGCUUUUUGUGCCUUUUUACAAUACAACAUUUUGUCUUGAUAAUGGCAAUAUUAACCUGCUGCAAAAGCGUAAAUAUCUCCGGGGAUUUCCAAACUCUUAACCAUGCUAUUAAUGCCAUUAAUUUGAUACCAUUCAGGUUUUGCUAUCACAAGCCCCUAGUUCUGUCAAUCCCAGUCCUACUUUAAUGUUUUAAGAAGUUUGCCCUCAACUCACAGUUUGCCCUCAACUGGCACCUAACUCAUAAUUCCUAGCAAUUAUGUACUUAAUAAGAUGCAAAUUUUAGAUAAAGCUAUGUGCCUCAUAUCAACUUGUUAGUCAAGUGAGCAAAUCAGAAAAGGUAUGGUGAUUGGCACAAAGUUUGGUGUUACUAUUUGGUUUACACUAACAGCGCUGCCAAAUGGGAUAGAGAAGUAUUGACAUAAUAGGCAACUCCCUCCUUUAGAACCUUUUAACAAAAUAUUUACAGUUUUAUCUAGAAGUAAAAGCACUAAUCACUGAAAAGAGUGGCUGCAUAUAUCCUGUCCCAUGCAUGAUACAUAUUUCGAGUUGUCUUCUUUAUUGUCCCUGUUUUGUAUAGCAUGUAGUCUAACUCUUGUGUUCUCAGAAUUGCAAGAAUAGAGGGAUAUAUAAGGUUAUGAUACAAUAGCUUUGCGUACUUCUGCUAUGUUGUAUGUUGGCUAUUUUGCAGUAAUCAAAAAUAAUGGGUCCUCUUUAUGCUUAUUAAGGACAGUUAUGAGGAAAUGGUCUGGAAAUAAAAGAUUAUCAAAAGAUUAUUCUAGAUUAAUAGGAAACUCAAAGGGAAAGCUGGCAAAAUACUAGUCCAAAAAGUAAUUUUUUUUUCUUCACACAUAAGCUACUUAUCUGGAAAUCUGCUGGUCUGCUGUAUUGGUAGAGUUUAGACAGCAGAUUAUAUAUUUCAGCCAAUAAGGAACAAAUUUAAUGUUGCUCAACAUGCAUUAGAAAAAGCAUUUCAAAUUUCCCAAGUUUCAGGAGCAGCAGUCAAGCAGUGGUGUAUUUAGGAAAGGAGUCUCAAGGGGCCCUGCUCAGAUGCUGUUUUGCUAGGCUUUGUCUUGAUGGCUCAUAUGAUCCAUGUCUUGCUUUCUAUGUACAAUGAGGGCAGCUUGUACAGGGAGUGCAAAGGCCCAAGCUUGCUAUGAGUAGAACCUUUGAGAAGUAGCAUCCAAAUGGAACUUAAACAUUCUAUAGCCUGGAACUUACCAUGUAACUCUCUACAGGAACAAUCCUAUGCCUGUUUAGACAGAAAAGGCCCCUAUACCUCCCAGGACCCCUAUGCAUAAGAUUCUUCCCUAAAUUACAGCUUAAAUUAAGCACAUUUGUGAUAACUACGUUUUUAUAUCUUAUAAAGCUGCCAUCUUAGCUGAAUUUGGAACUAAGGAGGAUAGUGAGUUGAUUUAGGGCUGUAUCCUGUGCUAAUCUAAAUAAGUCCCCUUUAUUUCUGUAACUUUACUCUAGGUAUUACUAACAUUGGUUACAAUCUCUGGAAUCCAGCCAGUGCCUUCAGCUGUGUGGGACCUAAAUAGGUCCCUGAUUUUAUUUUCUUAUUUUAAAUUGACCAAUCAAGGUUUAGAAGUCCCCAAAUCUUGUAAGGUCUAUAUGAUAAAAUCUGAAUCUGUAACAUUCAUAAGCUUUAUUCCUAAAACAUACUGCUUUUGAGUUUAGAUAGGUAUAGUUGCACUUCCAUUUUAGCAUGCACACCCAAAGAAAUAACACUUGCCCUUUUUAAUUAUACUAUGAACAAAAUUCAAACAGAUCGGAGUGCCUUUACCUAUAUGCCUUAAUUUUGUUUGCUUACAUUAUUACAAAAGGGGUCAAGUCAUGCGACAGCAACAAAAUAGUCUUCAAAAUGUGUCAUCUCCAAAGCUUCUAGAGGUCCUAUGAUUUUUUUUUAAAAAAAAUUGACUACCUAGUUCUUAUAAUAGGGUUGCUUUUUCCAGAGUUUUGUAUAAAGAUGAAUCUUACAAAGCCUCUCUUCUCAAACCAGGAUGCACUAUAUGGACAUGGCCGUGGCAGCAUUAAGCUUGUUGAAGUCCCAUUUCUUUCAAAGAAAGAGUUGAACAUAUGCUUAAAUCUCUUUCCUGAAUAUCAGUUGUAUUAAUCUGGUUUCAGAAGUGCCCUUCAUUCUUAAUCUGAGCAGGAAGGAGGAAAUCCUCCACUUUGUUGCUCUCUGUAAAAUCUUCUCAAUUUGGCUUUUGUAGUCUUUUGCAAAACACAAUGCGUAAUGGUACUUUCAUGUUUAGGUGAACAGCUACUGGUUGCCUAAUUCUUCUGUGAUGAUCCUUGAUCUGAAGGAAAGUGUUUGCUUAAAGCAUGCAACAGUAUUGGUUCUGUAUAGAUAUAUCAGAUAUGGUUUGGAGGAACAUAUUUCCUUUCUCUUUUGAUGCCAUACAAUUAGAACAAAUGGGGAUAAACCAUUGUCCAGGUUUUAUGCUGCAUUUACAAGUUACUUGCACUAGCAAUCCUUUUCAUCAUCUUUGCAGUAGUUGUCUGAUGACACCUGCAGAUGCUUGAGAAAAUGGUUCAGCAUUCAUAAUGUAGUUCUUUUUUAUUCCCUAUUUUUAAUGUUUGAAAUAUACUUUUGAAGAAAACAGAUUUGUUGUGCUUUAAUAUAAGUCCACGUGGCAAAUGAGGAUUAGCAAACGUAUUACUACCAGUUUACUAGUCCUUAUUGGCUGGUUAGUUCCUUGUGUGUAUUCAUGGCAUGUAUGCUUUUGAAAAUCAUUGAAAACCAAAGCUUUUCUACCCCAUACACAGCCAAAAGUGAUUUUUAUCUAGCUUAGUGACUGUUAGAUUUCCCAUUGUGUAUAAUGGCCCAAUCACACAUGAAAUCCAAAUGCUUGCUUGGGCAGCAAUAUUUUUAAGAGUGCCAAUGAAUCAGUGUGUGAUCCAAGCCAAGCAUUGCCCCCUGGAUUCUCUGUGAUAUUUUGAUGGGUCCUGGGAUCAUACCAUGCAGCUGUUGUGGAGAUCACAAAAAGUACUGAUUCUAAUAACUGCAGGUGCUAGUCAGGGCAUUUAUUGGGCUUUGCCCACCUCCUGUUCAGUGUUGAUGAUGUAAAGACUUGAUCUUGUUGAAGUAGCAAGGAAAAUCUAGUGUGAUGGCAGAAGGUAAAAUUGUGUCCAUGCCUCAUCUGGCAGGAAAUGAUGUUACGGAAACAAAAUAAAGUUGGUAUAUGUAGAUCUGAUUAGAAAAAUCCAAUUAUGUGACAAUUUAGAGCAAAAACAGAUAUGGUGAAUGUUGCUGGACUUUUAGUUGGCAGCUUGCAUACUUAACCUCUUCACAGCUGAUGAAACAUUCAGUACAAUGAAAUGUGUUAGAUUGUACUUGCAGUGAUGCAGGUGCUCCAUGAAACUCAUCCUUGGCUUCACAGCCUUAUCAUGGCAAAUCAUUCUCACACCAUCUGUUGGGCCAACCAGAAUUGGCCUUUGGAUAGACUAUUCAGCAAAUUUUGAUGGAAACUCUUAAAAAUUUGAGCUCAGUCCUAUGGGAGAGGUAUGAAAUUGUACAAUAUUCACCCAGCACUGAAGGCAGUGAAAGCACUAUUCACUGCCUUCCAGUGAAGUUAUUUAAGUGUGUUGGAAGAAGGCUGACCAAGGGAAAAUACUCAUACAUUUCCAAAAACUGACUGCCAUAUGAAUCUUCAUGUGAACUGAAGGUUCUAGGUUGGUGAUUAUAAUUGCAGAAAGAAAUGUUACAGACUACCUCAGUUAAUAACUUUAAAUUGAACAGUUGGAUCACCUGUAAAUAUUCAAACUUGUCCAAGCAAAUUUGGCCGCUACAAUAUUAAGACAACUGAACAGUGAAAUUAGCACAACAUUUGUUUUUGGUGAAACACAGCUAGGAUAGAGUUCUUGCACCGUCCUUUUGAUAAAGAUGGUCUCCAUGUCACAUGAACCCAUGUUACUAAUUGAGACUAAGUUACUAAGUAAAAGUGAAGGCAUAGAAAAAAGUCAGGGAAGCUCAAUCCAGAUUCCUUGUUAAGCUGUACAAUGACAUUCCAGUGACUCCUUUAAUAGAUUGUGCUACUCAUUAUGCAUGGAAGCUAACAGGCAAAAAGUAACCUGAGAUGCAAAAGCCUCCACCAGAGAGAGCAGUAUCUUUACACAGUCUAAGUUCCAGUAAGUUUCAUUGGCAGAUUGGUGAGUUCUGCACACUAAGUGUGAAAGUGUAGGGCUGAAGCUCAUUUCCGUGACAAAGCACCUCUCCUUUAAUGUUGUAAGGAAUGAGACCAUCAUGCAGCUCAGCAAUUUACCUUAGACAGUUACAUAAUUUAAGGUAAGCAUGCAUAACUUCAUGCGAAUGCCAAAGGAGUAUGUGAAGACACUGAGUUAGAUCCUGAAGUGAUUUCUACUGCUUGCUUGCUUCCUCGGUUAGCAGUCCACCGUACCAUCUCCUGCAGUGUUCCUGAAGAUCCCUUAUGUCUCAGGAAGUUUUUCAGGGGACACUGGAGGCUGCAAUAUAGCAAAGGAAGGUUGCUUAAUGAUUAGAAACCCACUUGUAUUUCCCUGGAUCAAACCUAUGGUUGGCUAAUCUGAUGCAGCUAUGGCACCAGUGAUAGCCAGGGUGGAUUGUGUGCUGGUUUCAUGUAAGUCAGGAACUUCCACAUCAUAUCCCAAAAUUGUUAGACCUGUUUAUUCAUGAAGAGUGAAUUUUACAGAGUUCAUAAAAGUACUUGAAGUAAAGUAUAUCUCUUCGCAUGUAGGAGGAAAAAUUGAUCAUUGUGCAAUUGAAUAGAUGUUAGUGGCUUUUGAAUAGGCUGUGCAUAUCUUCAUCUCCCAUGAAGUCCUUCUGCAUUUUGUUUCUAGGUACACACUAUUGAGCUUUGAAAUUUUCUGUAGUUUAAGUUUAUAACUGAAGGGAAAAAGGAAGCUAAGAACUAAGCCUUUAAGUCACAAUAAUGGGCCAAACUAUUCGUUGUGCCAUAGCGAACUAUAACUUUGCACAUCUUGCAGGGGAAGUAGGCCAUCUCAUUCCAAAUAAUUCACAGCCAUACUUCUAUCUUGUAUAUGUUGGUUCAAAGGGAGACAAAGCAAAAUCCAAGUAAGCAAAACUAAGACUUCUAAGCUUUUGGAACUCUUAGCAGCAAAGGGGUUUUCUUCAUCCUGUAUGUGCUAAUGAUUCAUUUCUCAGACAGGAGUAUAAAAUAGAUUGUUAAUGUAUUGCUUUUUUUUUUAAUGGACUUGCCUUUUUGACCUUUUCUCCUCUUCAUAAGUAUGAAGCAACAAAAAAGAGGCCACUGAAAUUCUCCAUGAUCAUUUGAUGAUAAUGUAUUCAAAGCCUCUUGAUAAACAAUUGACUCACUAGUUUUGCAGGAAGGGGAAGUGGUAUGGUAGGGGACCAGUGCCCUCUGGGGAAAAUAGACUCUCUUUGAGCUAACUUGGUCCUUUUCUGUUGUUAGGGGUCAGUCUCCCAAAUGCUGAGCAUAUUUACAGAUUGUUUUGAUGUUAGUGAUGGAACUAUUCACAAGUAGAUUUGUUUAGGAUGAUCCCAUUUUGAUUUAUUUACACACACAAGUAUACACACACACAUAUCCACACGCACACCAGGCACAUAAUCAUGAAUUAUAAGAAAAGUAUUGUGCUUUCUUUUCGGAACAGGGUCUAAACUCUCUAAAUCUCAAGUUGCUUGCUUUUUUGCUAAUAUCAGCAAUUUAAAACUUGACACUGUUCAUCCAAAUGUGGGAACAGAUUAUUGCAGCCCAAAUGAGUUCAGCCUGUCAUCUCGUACCUCAAGCAAAUGUCACUGUAACUAUGGGGAAGAGGUGUUGGCAGUACACUUUUACUUUUCAAAAAGCUAUAAAUAAUGUAUAAAUCUUACCCUUUUGAUCUAAUGUACAUUUUUAUGCAGCUGUCAAAUUCUCUAUUUAAUCCCUUGGUUUCUCUCUGUAAAUGUUUUUACUCUCCGUUUGAAUGCUGGGCACAGUUUGUAAUGUAUGUACACAACGGUGUUUUUUUUCUAUCAAUGUUGACUCUUUUGCACAUUUUUUGAGAAAAGUUUAAUUUGUACACUGAUUUAAUACUAUGACCAACUGUUAUAGAGCGUAUGUGAAUUAUGUAUGUGUGCAAUGUACUACUGUCUUGAAUGUAUGAGAAUUUUUUAAUUCAAUGUAAAUGUGUGUCAGCUUCUGGCUUUAUCUUGGUUGAGGAACUCAGGACAUUAACUUUGCUUACUAGUUCCCCAGAAUAGCCCUAAUCCAGCAACUUCAUUGUCCCUGCAGGAGCUUUGAUAUGGAAUUCUGUUUGAGCAAGGAUUUCCCAGUUCACAUCAUACUAUUGGGGCAUUGGCCAAUUAACUGUUAAAUAUUGUUCACAGAUGGCCACAUACGUUCAUUAUUUCAAAGUAGAAGGCAACUAACUUUGUUCUCAGUCUCAGUUCUGUAGUUCUGAAAACUUGACCAUUAUUUAACUGACAACUGGCCAUAUGCUAAACCCUUUCAGAGUGGUUUAAAGAGUGUACACACAGCUUUCUAAGUGUGGAGUGAAUUGGGAAGCCACUGCUUAUGUGGAGCUUCAUAAACUCAGAACUUCUGUGGAUUUUGGAUUACGGCAAAUGUGUCUAAGAGCUCUCCAAAUGUAUAGGGUAUAUAAAAAUGCCUUCUAUGUACUGUGUUCGCUCUCUCCCACAGACUUAUUCCAGUUUCAUUUCUACAUUUUUAAACAAUUGUUGUUUAAGGGUACUGCAUUUAGUUAAAUAUAUAAAAGCUUUGAGAGAUAAUUUACUAGAUAAAUAUAUUUUCAGCUGGCUGAUGUUCAGAAAAUAUUUUUUUAAUUUUUGUUUUUAACCAUUCAAAAUGUAUUUGUAUUUCCAAAAUUGGACAUGAAUUGUAUAUUAAAACACUCUGGCUGGACAAUGGCAUGGUUUGUCUUAUAAGGACUGUCUUUUUUUAAAAAAGCUAAAAGUUAUUUCCAUGAUGCCAAGAAUGAUAAUACUGUUCUGAAAAGCUGAAGGCAAUCUUUGAAUUUAUGGCUGCUUGAUAAAAUCAAGACACAUAACCAGUCUUAGAAAAGUCAGAUGUUUUUAUUGCCUGUUCUUUUUUGUUACAUUGAAUGUAAUAUUUCCCUCUUGAUCUUAACAGUUUCCUUGUUUUCUGGUACUGGGAAAAUUUAAAGCAUGUUGAAGGUACUACCAAAUACCAAUUAAUGCUUAAAUUUUGAAUUGAUAACCUAGUUUGUGGCUUGAAAGAAUAUUUGUAUAAUGCUUAAGACGUACCAACUAAAAAUUCUCAUGUUGGGUAAAUAGUGUAUUGGUGGAUAUCAAAAACCUACAGUUAGGAAAAGUGUUGGUAUUGGGUUUUUAAAAGAACUUACUAAUGGCCUGGUAUGGUGUGGUUUGUUCCAUUGUUCAUGCACAUUUUGACCUUGUUACAGUCUCAAAAGUGUGCUUGUACAAAAUGUAUAAAACAUUUUGAUUUUUUAAAAUCUAUGUAUUUGUUAUUUUCUUGCUGGUAAAUGGCUUUUAUUUUAUUUGGGGUUUUUAAUCAAAUAUAAAAGAAGCCAUGUUUAUAUUAUAUUCUGUGUUUGACCAAAUGACUUUGUUUUAUGAAAUGUGUAUAUUGCUGGUACACAUCUUGGUUUAGGAUGAUUGUGCAUGAGGACCUGCAAGAAUUAAUACAACGGAAGAUUGUUUUUUCUUUUUCUUCAAGUUAAUUCAUUCUGGAAAGGUUAUGGUACAAAGGUUUACUGGAUGUAACCUUAUGAGCUUAUGGAAUGACUAUAGAUAAUGGCACUUUUAAGUGUUAAUAAAAAUAUUUAUUUCCA